AUGGAAGCCUUUGACCGUCAGGUCUUUCCUACUCAGUACAUAAACGUGCUUGGAGAGCUGCACAGUAUCCUUCGAAUUUCGUCACUCUACAAGAAUAAGUUCAUUGACAUGAAGAGAGUGGAACGACAAAGGCACACAAUUUCACCUAAUACAUUCGUGAUCACUCUCGAGAAUGCAAUGCGAAAGCUGGGAUGGGACGACACAGGAGUGAAAGUUGAUGGUCGGCAGCAACAUCAUGUGCGCGUUGCUGAUGACAUCGUUCUGGUAACAUCUAACAUCAGUCAAGUGGAAAGAAUGCUGACCGAAGCUACGUUCAUCUGA